UGUGCUGGACCAUCGGACACUGGAGCCGUGGCCUGAGCACUGGGAGUCGCCUCCCUUGCCAGACGUUUCCUCAUCCCAAGUGUGGAUUUACCGUUUUAAAGGGUUGAAGUGUUCUCAGCGUAGACUUCUCUGUUCUCCUCCCGCCUCUUCCCAGAGGGCUGAUCUGAACAGAAUCUCAUGGGGCAGCCACACUUCUCGAGACCGGUAAAUCCAGGUGCUUUUGCUGAAGAGGUGGAUCACGCCCCAGGUGAUGCCAGCAUGGGGGUAGAUGUUUUGGAAUCAGGUGACACCACACCUCCUACAAAGAGGAAAAGCAAGUUCUCAAGCUUUGGCAAGAUUUUCAAACCCUGGAAGUGGAGGAAAAAGAAAAGCAGUGACAAAUUCAAGGAGACUUCAGAAGUUUUAGAACGAAAGAUUUCUAUGCGAAAGCCAAGAGAGGAGCUGGUAAAAAGAGGGGUUCUGUUGGAAGAACCUGAGCAGGAUGGUGAAGAGCCAGAGAAGCUGAACCCACCUGCACUGAAGAAUGGCCACACUGUCCCCAUUGGGGGCCCCGGGGUCUGUAACCUGCCCAGCCAGGAGGAAGAGGCCACAAAGCCAUCCAGCCUUCGGAAGCCUGUUCCAGUGGAGGAACCAAAGAAGAGGCAGGGUUCCUCCAGCAGCCACCCUGGGCCUGAACUGGAACCACCUGAGGAGCCACAUGUUCCCAGACAACCUCUGCUUCCUCCAAAAAGACCUCCCUCCACUUCCCAGGAGGCAAAUGAAGUACAGGCAAAGGAUCCAAUACCUGCCAGCAGUACUGCAAGAACUGCCCCCUUCAGCACAGCCCCCACGGCAGCAAAGACAGUCAGUUCCACAGCUGCCCCUUCCCCAGCCCCCAGGACUCUGCUCCCUGCUCCUUCCAGUGCCAACACUACUGCUCCCACCAGUACAACCAGCACAGCUCCUGCCAGACAGCCUCCCAUCCCUCCUCCCAAACCUGUCAACAGAAAUAGCAACUCACUAAUAGCUGAACUUUCCCAAGUAAUGACCAGUGGUACAGCCUUGUCCAAGCCUUCCCCUCCUCUCCCUCCAAAGAGAGGCCUCCUGCCUAACAACACGUCAGAGGCUGUCACCUCUAAGCCCCCAAAUGACAGGACAGUGACAGCGAGUCACUCUGCACCGAUUCCACUGCACGUGACCUCAGCUUAUCCACCACCUUCACCCUCGCCGCCGCUGCCCACCCACGUACCCCCUGAACCUCCACGCAUGGCCCUGCCCACCUCCACCCCUGUCCUACACCCACCGUGCUCCCUGGACCUGGCCAAGGAGACUCCUCCUCCUCCUCCUCUUCCUGAAGACUUCAGGUCCAUGGAAGUGUCAAAGAGGAUGGCAGAACAAGGGUUUGGUGAACCCCACAUGCUGCCUCGCCUGCCCCAAAUCCCACUGCACAUUCGUAUCCAGCAGGCUCUGGCCAGCCCUCUGCCUGUCACCCCACCACCCGAAGGGUCCCACAGGGCUCACUCAUUGCUCUUUGAGAAUGAUGGUUUUGGAGAAGACAACAGCACCCUGGGCAGGACAAGAUCCCUGCCUGUCACCAUUGAGAUGCUCAAAGUUCCAGACGAUGAGGAAGAGGAAGAUGAUGACCAGGAAGAGGAACAGGAUUCCGGUCCUCGUGUGUAUAUUGGAGAUGUGCCAUCUGUCACAGUCAUCCCCAAACUGGUACCCCAGGUCCUCCCGGAGGAGCAGGAAGGAGAUGAAGGGAUGAGUGACUCUGACUCGGAGGGGCCCAUCCUGUAUAAAGAUGAUGAGGAUGAUGAAGAAGAUGAAAGCCAUAACAGCACACUGGCCAACAAAGUGAAGAGGAAAGAUACGCUCGCUAUAAAGCUGGGGAACACAACCGCACUGCAGGAGGAGAAGAUCAUCUUCCCUCGGAAGAGCAAGGAGGAGUGGAACGAAAUCCGUCACCAGAUUGGGACAACGCUGAUCAGGCGACUGAGUCAGAGACCAACUGCAGAAGAACUGGAACAGAGGAACAUUCUUCAGCCGAAAAAUGAAGCUGACCGUCAAGCUGAGAAGCGCGAGAUCAAGCGCCGGCUCACCAGAAAGCUUAGCCAAAGGCCUACAGUGGCAGAGCUGCAGGCCAGGAAGAUCCUGAGGUUUAACGAAUAUGUGGAAGUAACAGAUGCUCAAGACUAUGACCGGCGAGCAGAUAAGCCGUGGACAAAACUGACACCAGCUGACAAGGCAGCCAUCAGGAAGGAGCUGAAUGAGUUUAAGAGUUGUGAAAUGGAAGUGCAUGAGGAGAGCAAGCAGUUCACGAGGUACCAUCGACCAUAAUAUUCCAAGGAGGGAAUAAGAAACCCGGGAGGGCUAGAAGUUCUCUGCAUCCCUGUCCGAGGCAAUACAGUGAGGGUGGAACCUCAGCUCUUCCAAGAUUUGCCUUCCAAACAUAUCCAGAAAAGGGCUUUCGGCCAGGGAAGGGGAAUCCUUUCUGAAUGUAGCAUUUCACUGGAACAAACACAUCUCUCAUGCCCUGAGGCUGGAACUGACACUAUACCUCGCUUGGCUCAGCAAUAUGACUCUGCCAGGGGAACGACCCCUUCCUUCCCAAGGUGUACAGACUUGUCUUGGGGAGUGCAAUUCCUCAUUUCCUCCUCCUUUCCAUGAGGAAGGGAGAUUAAAAACAAAGGCAGCUCUAAUGUUGGGAAGCUGAGGAGAGCAUGUGCUCAGAAAAAUAUAUGUGUAUAUUAGCUGUGUACAGAGAACCCUGACAGACGACUGACGUGGCACUCUUUAUUUUGUGGGAGUUUUGCCUUUUGUCAUGUCGUUAAUGCCCUGAAUCACUACUGACCAACGGUUUGUUGUCCUGGACAGGAAUUGUAUAGAUAUUAACAUAUGCUGCAUCUUUUUGUUAAAAAACAAAACAAAAAAACAAACAAACAAAAAAAAAAACCAAAAAAACCCAAAAAAACCCCAAAAAAAAACCCACAAAAAAAACCACCCAACAUAUGUAUAAAUGCUCUGCACUCUCUCACACUUGCUCUGAUCUUAAUAACAGAUCUUGAGAUAUUUAGACUUGUUUAACAAAUUACAGAACCAGGAACAAUGACUGUUGCCUUUUUAAAACUUUUUAAUUUGGAGAAACUGUGAGAGUAGUUAGUCCUUUUUAUUGUGGCUUUCUCUCAAACGUUUUAUACUCUCCCAAAUCAGGGUUGAAGCUUUGCCUUUUUCUCAUUUUUACAGCUAAACCUACUGGAAACUUGAUCGUUUCACUGUGUGGGUCAAAAGGAGGGGAAGAAUAGGUUUAAAAAGUGACCUUAAGAAGAUGGUAUUUCUCUUCUGAGAGAAAAAUUCUUCCUCAAUGCGGGUUGAAAAAAAAAAUCUGGUAGGGCCACUGCUGUAUUAUGCACAAAACUAAACUAUCUGUGAGAUGCCACUUGUGCGGGGGUUCGGGGUCGGUGGGAGGGCGGGAGGGAGAGAAGAACUUUGUCUUGUUCACAGACCAGUGUGGCAACACGCCGGCCAUGGCCCAGCAGCCGCUAGGGGCUCUUCCCUCACAGCAUCCCCUGUACAGCCGCCAUUACAUUGUAUAUCAGUCUCCGCAACAACAGAUUUUAAUUAUUAAAUAAAACUAUUUUAGAAUUUUUUUUCUUAAA